AUGACUGCUGAAGACGAGCGGGAAGGGCAGAGGCGUCAGUCUGUUACCUCACAAUCCGGUCUGGAAGACGACGAUAAUGGAGGAGACGCAGAAGCGUUAGAGCGGACGAGGUCAACACGGUCUAUCGCCGAGACUCUGCCGUGGUAUCGGGAGCUGCUGUUUGUGGCCGUGAUAUGUCUUGGCCAGUUGUUUACACAGGCUGGUCUGGGCCAGAUAUUAUCCAUCAUCCAUAUUGUCGGUGCAACCUGGGGUCUAGCAGAGUCACCCGAUCUGUCGUGGCUUCUGGCAGGGUACAGUCUUACGGUAGGCACCUUCAUUCUAUUCUCUGGACGGCUGGGGGAUACCUUUGGGUACAAGACAAUCUUCCUCAUCGGCAUGGCCUGGUUCUCCUUCUGGAGCAUGAUCUGUGGCCUGGCUGUCUACUCCAGCCACGUCCUGUUUGUCUUCAGCAGAGUCCUGCAGGGCAUUGGGCCCGCUCUUGUCCUCCCCAACGGACUGGCUCUCCUAGGAGCGACCUAUGCACCGGGAAAGAAGAAGUCGCUGGCCUUUGCCGCCUUUGCAGCCACUGCCCCAGCCGGGUCCGUCAUCGGGGCGACAUUCUCAGGCCUGUUCGCCUUGACAUGGUGGCCGUGGACGUUUUGGUGCUUCUCUCUGGUCCUUGCAGGAACGGUAGUCCUGGGUUAUUUCGUCAUACCAGCGGUCCCUGCGUCGAAACGAGAAGACCGACCGCACUCCCUUCGAGACCUUUAUACGCACCUUGACAUUCUUGGAGCCCUCUUCGGCGUGGUGGGUCUCGUUCUCUUCAAUUUUGCAUGGAACCAGGCGCCCAUCGUGGGCUGGCAGGAGCCCUACGUCGGCGUGACCCUGGUGUUGGGCCUGAUUUUCAUCGCCAUCUACUUCCUCAUCGAGAUGCGCUACGCCGCCCGGCCCCUCGUCCCCUUGGACGCCCUCACAUCGGAAGUGGCUUUUGUUCUGGCCGCCGUGGCCUGCGGCUGGGGCUGCUUCGGCGUCUGGGUCUGGUACACGUGGCAGUUCAUCCUCGAGCUCCGAGGCGCAUCACCCCUACUCGGCAGUGCCCAGUUCGUCCCCGUCAUUAUCUCGGGAGCGCUUGCGGCCGCGGGCGUCGGCCUGCUCCUGCACAGAGUUGGCCCGCCGCGCGUCAUGCUGGGUGCCCUGGUGGCGUUCACCGUCGGCACGAUCCUCAUGGCGACCUGUCCCGUGCAGCAGACCUACUGGGCGCAGACGUUUGUAAGCCUCAUCAUCACACCUUGGGGCAUGGACAUGAGUUUCCCCGCCGCGACCCUGAUUCUCUCGAACGCGGUGGCACGCGAGCACCAGGGGAUCGCCGCCUCGCUUGUGAAUACUGUUGUGAACUAUAGCAUUGCCUUUGGGCUGGGCAUCGCGGGCACGGUGGAGUAUCAGGUCAAUGGGGGCGGAGACACGGCAGAAGAGUUGCUAAAGGGGUAUCGGGCUGCGUAUUAUCUGGGGAUUGGCCUCGCGGUACUUGGCGUGGCUAUUUGUGUUGUUUUUCUUUUCAAAUCUAGGAAGGCUAAGGAGCCGGAGAGUGGUCAGGAUGAGAAAGAGUGA